CACAGCCUCCUUGGCCAACCUGUUCCAGUGUGUCACCACCCUCUGGGAGACACAGAUUUCCUGAGGAGUGGAGUUUGGGGCUCCCAGAGGGAAGUGAUGCUGUCUGUACAGCUCCAGGAAGCAAUAAGCACCUACAUGAAAAUAACUCAAGUCCCCAUCCUUAAUCCCUGCCUAUCCUUUUUUAUCUGAUGGACUCAGCGAGGGCUGGAAGAUCACAGCGUGGCUGAAAACGAAAGGGAGUUAACAAGAUGUGACCAGUCAAUGGCUAAAACAAUAGGCGAGACCCUGCAUGUUGCCUGCUGCCCAGGUGUCCUUCCCAUGCACAGGUAGCCAUGUGGAUCACCGUGACUUUGCUCUGCUGCUUGGUGCUCGGGGGGCUGCCGUGGGCAGGCACCUCGUGCCCCUCACAGUGCAGCUGUGCCUUCCACAGCCUCAACGAAGGGACGAAAGCCAGGAUGGUGCUGUGUAAUGACCCGGAGAUGACCCUCACCCCAGUGAACAUCCCUGUAGAUACGUUUAAGCUUCGAAUAGAGAAGACAGCCAUCCGCAGGGUGCCGGGGGAAGCUUUCCACGCUCUUCACAACCUGGAGUACCUCUGGUUGCCCUAUAACUCCCUGGCCAGCCUCAGCGGGAUCACCUUCAAGGGUCUCCGUCACUUGCUGGAGCUGAGGCUAGAUGGCAAUAACUUAAUAUCAUUUCCCUGGGAAACCUUGUCUGACAUGCCACAACUAAGGCUUCUGGAUUUACACAGCAAUGAACUUACCUCAGUUCCUCCAGAUGCUGCUCGUUACAUCAAGAAUAUCACGUACCUGGACCUGUCUAGCAACAAACUGAUGACUCUUCCUCAGGCUCUUAUUUCUACCUGGGCCAACCUGCAGGCUGUCCCUUACUUUCCCAACGAUAACUCCAAGAUCAUCUUAGGUUUGCAAGACAAUCCUUGGGCGUGUGACUGCAGUCUGUAUGAAAUGGUCCACUUCCUGAAUUUCCAGUCUCCCAACAUAGCAUUCAUUGAGCCCAGGCUGAAGUGCUUCACCCCUCGCAGCCUAGCAGGAGUCUUCUUCAGCCAGGUCGAGCUAAGGAAGUGUCAAAGCCCUGUUGUACAUACAUCUGUAGCCAAAGUGAAGACCAUCCUGGGCAGCACUGUGCUACUGCGAUGUGGGACAACGGGGGUGCCCAUUCCUGAGCUCAGCUGGAGAAGGGCUGAUGGUGCUCCGCUAAAUGGCACAGUGCACCAAGAGAUCUCUAGUGAUGGGAUGAGCUGGUCUAUCCUGGGCCUGCCUGUAGUCUCUUAUCUUGACUCUGGAGAGUACAUUUGUAAAGCAAAGAAUUUCCUGGGGGCAACAGAAGCGUUCAUAUCCCUCAUCAUCAUGGACUCAGAAAGCACAGAUGACCCCAAUUCCAAUGCCAAAGGCACGUGGAAUGGGAAGGCAAGCGGGAUGGAGGCAGCUGCCUACAAUGACAAGCUAGUGGCAAGAUAUGUUAUCACCACCUCUACCAUGCCUACCCUAGGGGCUGGAGCAGGCACCGGGGAGGAUCUCCUCAUCCCAGCUGGAGCUAAAGAUAGCAACCCCCAAAACCUACUGGUGAGCCCACCUACUGGUCAGCAGGAGCCAGAGCGAAUUGUGAGAUCUGUCAGAGUGUUAGGAGACACUGACCAGAGUGUCACCCUGGUCUGGAAGGCGCCUCUGGCGAAGAACACAACAGUGUUCAGUGUCCUCUAUGCUGUCUUUGGAGAGAGGGACAUGCGUCGGAUCAAUGUGGAACCAGGGAAGACCAAGGUCAACAUUUAUGGGCUGCUACCAAAGACCAAGUACAUAGUGUGCGUCUGCGUGAAAGGGCUGAUCCCCAGGAAGGAGCAGUGCAUCAUAUUUUCCACAGAUGAAGUUGCUAGUGCAGGAGGGACCCAGAAACUCAUCAACGUGGUUGUCAUCAGUGUGGCUUGUGUCAUUGCCGUUCCUCUGACACUGGUGGUCUGCUGUGGAGCGUUGAAGAGACGCUGCAAGAAGUGCUUUGUGAGGAAACCCAAGGAAAUUCAGGAGUCCUACGUCACCUUUGAAAGUCUUUCUCCUGGGGCCAAGGUGAAAGGAGUGGAAGGAGAAUACUUGACUAGACAUACCCCCGAUGAGUCUAACAGGCUCCUCUCUGCCCGAUCCAGUGUGGACUCAGAAGCAAUACCAAAGAUAGAGGGGCAACCUAAUGAAUACUUUUGCUGAUAGUUACUAGUCUGGUCAUUGGCUUGCUACAUGGAAAGCACGUGGCUGUAUGUACGACUGUGUUCCAACACUGCAUGCCAUUGUGUCAGUUUAUGCGUCUCAGACGUAUUCUGGAGGAGGAUGCAAGAAAGUAGAAGAUGCCCAGACUUUAUAGGAACUUGUUAUUGACCAGCUGGGGUUUGAUGUUUUGUACUCAAUCAAAAGCUUCUGUGCUAACGGUCUCGUUCUCUCGGACCAUUCUUAUUUUCAUAAAAUGAUGCAUGCACACUGAGUGUGAGGACAUUAAGCAACACUUUUGAGCAUGCUCUGCUCAGUGCUGUUUAGUACCUGCUCUGCAAUAUGAUAAGUAUUUGAUUUGCAACUCUUUUAUGAUUCUUUGGUUUACAAAUUGGGGACUACUUGAUAGUUUUAAUACUAAUAUCUGUGAAUGUCAAGAUAGAGUCUUACCUUUUAUGCACUGUAUAUUUGCAUGAACCAAGCAAAUUCAUGCUUAAUAGAUAGCUAAAUACGACUGUGUAGUACACCUAAAAAUAGCUUUAUAUUCUCAGUUCAAAGAAAUGUGCAAAGAGAUAUGACUCGAGACAAUAAGCAAUUGACUCUUAAGAACACUUAAGAGGGUAAGUUUGAGAAUGGCAUUUUGACCCUAACCACUGUUCUACUUAUCACACAAUUGAACAACAGUACCACGCAAACCUUUCAGUAUCAGUCCUAGCUGUCAUUUUCUAGCAGUGUUGUAAUUAGUACAGUGUGCUUUAUAUCAGUUUUUCUACUUAAAAAUCAUGCAGUAGCCUAUUCUGCCAAUUAUGUGUGGCACUGUAAUGUUUUGUAACCAUACUGCAAAACCUACGUUAGAUAGUUGUACAAAAAUCCCCCAGAUCAACCCUGUCAUUGCUGCUGGCUGUGCUGGUAAAACUGAUAGUGAAGAUCAGAGGGCGCUUGUGGUUCACCCAUCAAAAUCUCUUGCUCCGUGUAGGGCAGAGGUGUAUAUUGCUGACUGAGCAUGCUACUGCACUACUUCUGCUGUGGCAGCAAUGGUGGCAAAGGCUGAUAUUUGGGUUUCAAACGUGUUGCAAGUUUGAGAACUCUAGAAAAAAAGAAAAUAGAAAAGAAGGAAAAAGGCUAAUAUUUGUCUAAAUGUGUUUUUCUAACCACGGUUUGCUAAUCAGUUAUUUGUAACUGAAGUCCUGCAAUUCUGUGGGAAUUUGGAUCUGAAUACUUAUCACAAAGCACUUCACAGCCCUGUCAUUUUCUACUCCUGUCCCUUAGGUUGUAAUACUGUAUAUAUUGGCUUUCUGUACAUAAAAAAUAAGCUUCAUAAAGAAAAUGCUGCGUGACCUGCGAAAUGUUGAAUGGGAGGGAUCCAGCCAAGCGGAAACGAUAAUUGAUGAAGCCUCAGUCUUUUGGAAUUGAUUUGAAACGUAUGCUUGCAAAUGUCUUGGAAAGAUCUCCACUCGCUUUCAGGGUUUGUAUGUAGAGUGUGGAUUAACUGAUGAAAUAGGUAGAAUCUAAUAGAUCUAUUACUUAUUUAUACAUAUGUAUUUCCCAAGAUUGAUUUCAAGUCUCCUUCUUCAAGGUGGAAUAAGAACGUUCCAGUAGCCGUUUUUGGGAUGGGUUGAAUGGUUUGUUGUUUUCUUCAGCCCAAUUCCUGCCCUCAUCUGUAGUGGUGUUGCUUUGGGUCAUGCAGAAAUUAGGAAGGAGCCCAGCCUAGCACCAGUGGUUGAUUUUUAGUAUUGAAAAAUCAAGGCUGUUCUGAAGCUGUCCUGCCAUGAAUGGAGUGGUCCUGCUGCCCAAGGGCCUUCCCACAAGUGAGGUUUGCAGCCAUCUGGGAGUGAGAUGUAUUUACCUUUCAGCUGUCUGGAGGCAGGAGCAGGGUAAUUUGCCACACCUAGUCCUGGUAAAGAACAGCACUUGCCCACUCCAACACAGGGUCUGCAACCAGAGUGAGAAAGGCACCAGCUGGGUCAGUCCCGUCACUCCUUACCUGUGGGGUCAGGAAGGGCAAAUUAUCCUUGUGGAUGUGUAAAGCUUUAAACUCUACAGGAUACUUUUGCACUUUGAAUGAACAGCAAUCCCGAGUAGAAUAAAUGUGAUUUUCCAUUUCUAUUUCCUACGGUGAUUCUAACUGUCCUGUCGGUGAGGCAAAACGCUUCAGCAGCUCAGCUGCUGCUCUAAAACCAGGAUACCUGUACCAGACUGGUGAUUCACACAAGGUAGGCAAUAGAUUGAAAUGUGUAAGCUCUGUGUUCUGUGGUGUCAUACUUUGCUAAACUGUACGUGAAGUUUCUAACUGUUACAGGCAAAAUGAUUUUCCGCUGAGUGGUUGGCAGAUGAAUUUCAGAACUUUGGUUGAGAUCUGCAGUUGUAUGAGACAAGUGAAAUUGUGAAUAAAAACCUUGUUGCUCUCUUCUGUUUCUUUAACUUGCGGGUGUUGGGGACCUCCUUUCAGCAGGGUCAGUGCAGGCAAGUGAUGCUCUCUGGUCACAGCAUGCAGAACAGAGAUGGCUUAGAGCUCAUAUCUGGGAACAGUUUAUUACUUGGUCAAGGUCAGUCCAUAGACGGAAGUGCUGUAAGGACUGUUUCCAUGCUCUCCCUCCUUCCUCCCCACCCCACCUUUAAUUUUUUGCUUUUCUUGGUGCAAAAGUGAAAUAUUAAGGAUGAGGUGUACAAAAGAAAGAAAUAGUGUUUUUAAAAUGGAUCCAAAUAGCUUUGAAUUGCACUGAAAAGCUGUUUUUAAUUGGAAGAAACUUGAGAAUAGCAGCAAUCAAGAUGAAAGUAUUG